GGCGCCGCCGCCUGCCGUGCCCGGCGCGGCCGCCGGAGGCCGCCCGCCCCGCCGCGCUGCCCGCCCCGCCGAGCCGGCGAGGGGCGGAGCCGGGCCGGGCCGGGCCGAGCCGAGCGGAGCCGGGCCGCGAAGAUGGCGAACGUGCAGCUGGAGUUCCAGGCGAGCGCCGGCGAGGCGGACCCGCAGAGCCGCCCGCUGCUCGUGCUGGGCCAGCUGCACAACCUGCACCGCCUGCCCUGGGCCCAGCUGCGGGGCAAGCUGCAGCCGCGGGUCACCGAGGAGAUAUGGCAGUCUGCUUUAAGCACUCUGAAUCCAAACCCUACCGACAGCUGUCCCCUCUACCUGAAUUACGCCACUGUGGCCGCUUUGCCUUCCAGGGUCAGCCGACACAAUAGUCCGUCUGCGGCUCAGUUCAUCACCCGCCUGGUUAGAAAUUGUCUUCCAGGAGGUGUCAACAGAUGUAUUGUUAUGGUCUGUGAGCGGUCUGAAGUUUUCGCCUCUGCUUGUGCGCUAGCCAGGGCUUUCCCGUUGUUCACACAUAGGUCCAGUGCAUCGAGACGCACAGAGAAGAAAACUGUAACAGUGGAGUUUUUCCUGGUUGGACAGAACAAUGGACCAAUAGAAGUGGCAACACUUAAAUGUCUGGCAAGUGCUACAGAAGGAGUCAGGCUGGCUGCUCGAAUUGUGGACACCCCAUGCAAUGAAAUGAACACAGAUAACUUCCUGGAGGAAAUCAAAAAAGUUGGCAAGGAUCUUGGGAUUACUCCAACCAUUAUUCGGGAUGAGGAGCUGAAAGAGAGAGGAUUUGGAGGUAUUUAUGGAGUUGGCAAGGCAGCUCUGCAUCCUCCUGCCCUAGCAGUUCUUAGUCACACUCCAGAUGGUGCUACACAGACCAUUGCAUGGGUGGGCAAAGGUAUUGUGUAUGACACUGGAGGACUCAGCAUUAAGGGAAAGACUACUAUGCCUGGCAUGAAACGAGACUGUGGUGGAGCAGCUGCUAUUUUGGGUGCCUUCAAAGCCACUGUAAAGCAAGGUUUUAAAGACAAUCUUCAUGCUGUUUUUUGUUUGGCUGAGAAUGCAGUUGGACCGCGUGCAACAAGACCUGAUGAUAUUCAUGUUCUUUACUCUGGAAAAACUGUGGAAAUCAAUAACACUGAUGCAGAAGGCAGGCUGAUACUGGCUGAUGGAGUAGCUUACGCGUGCAAAGAUCUUGGAGCUGAUAUCAUUCUUGAUAUGGCCACUCUUACUGGAGCUCAGGGAAUUGCAACAGGAAAGUAUCAUGCUGCCGUCCUUACCAAUAACGAAGAGUGGGAAAAAGCUUGCGUUAAGGCUGGUAGGAACUGUGGAGACUUGGUCCAUCCUCUUGUAUAUUGCCCUGAGCUCCACUUCAGUGAAUUUACCUCUGCUGUAGCUGAUAUGAAGAACUCUGUGGCAGACCGAGACAAUACUCCAAGCUCCUGUGCUGGGCUCUUCAUUGCUUCUCACAUUGGCUUUGACUGGCCUGGAGUCUGGGUCCAUAUAGACAUUGCUGCACCUGUUCAUGCAGGUGAACGAGCUACUGGCUAUGGCGUGGCUUUGUUGCUGUCCUUGUUUGGAGGGGCAUCUGAAGACCCUCUGCUAAACAUGGUGUCCCCACUAGGAUGCAAUGGAGACUCUCCCGCUGAAGAUAUGGAGAGGGAUUCCAAAAGGCGCCGCCUGGUUUAAUGCACCCCCAUCCCAAAGUGACGGGGUGCAUGUGUUACCUCACUUUGCACUGAUUCAGUCUCAAGCAAUGAAAAAGUCACACAUCAGAAAUUGCCAUUUUUUUACUAUCAUGAUAAGAUUUAUUACUUGUUUCUGAUAAAACAGCCUGAUUUCUUGUUUUUUUAAAUUAUUGGUGCACACAGUGGCUGAACAAUACCAAUGGUGCAGACUCCAAGCUCUACUAACUGUAUCAGGAGGAUGGCAGGUCCUCCUUGGAGCACCUCACAAAACUUAACUAAGUGCAUUUAAUGCAUGAGAAGCUCUCUCUAGUCUGAAGAAGCAACUGCAGCUCUCGCUUACACAGCCUUCUGAAUUACUUAUUUUACGUGAGGUUUUAUCAGACGUUUCUGCAGGCCCCACUACAUCUCGGAACACAGGAUGAGGAAAAAACCACUGUAGGUUUGGCUUAUUCAGUGACAAUUUAGCUUAGCGGCAAAGAGAUGUAAUGAGAAACGCAUUUAGUUUUAAUAAGGUGCUGUUUCUGCAUGUUUAAUGUUUUGCUGACCAGUAAAAUCAACAAGAGAGUGGGCCAGAACAUAUCUCUAUGUAAAUCUUUCACAUGCAAAUUACAGAAUAAUUCAUGCUAAAUGAGGAAAAAAAUAGGGGGACUGUGAUUGAGUAAAAUCGGUUUACAAAGCAGAGUGGCUUCUUGCCACUUAAUAAAUUUAUUAUUAUUAAAGCA